AUGUUCCAAAUUGCACGUUCAAACACCGCCAAAUUCGCCGUUUUCCAGGCCAGAUGCUUCACUGGGGCUCAAUUGUUGAGCUCCCAGGCUGCCGUCGCAAGCAGAAAACCGGUUUCCCCGGAACUCAAGGAUUUGCGAGCCCAACUCAAGCUGGAGAAGCUGGUCUUGAACGAGAUGAAGAUCGAAUUGAGGAAGAUUUUGGACAACGAGAAGAAAAAGAAAAAAAUUGCACUUGAGAAGAAGCGCGAGGCAAGAGCUCUCAGGCCAUACAAGCAUAUCACUCCAUUAAACCUUUUUGUGAAAGAGAACAUCAAGAGCAUUGGCGCUUUGGCUGAGACCAGUCAAGCGUGGGUCAAGUUGAGCGACGCGGAAAAGGAAUCAUAUGUUGAAAAAGCCAAAAAGUUCAAUGAAGACCAGCUGAAGAUCUACACUCCAAAGCCAGUCGGACCUGUUCCUGCUUACGCAAAAUUCUUGAAGUCCGUCUGGACCGCAGGAGCCGACUUCGGUGAAGCUUCUAAAGCGGCUUCCCUGGAGUGGAAGAAAUUGACACCGGAAGAAAAGAUGACAUUUUCGCCUUCCGACAAGGAGCGGGCAGCCUACAAGUUGGCUUAUGCCGCCUGGAAAGAGGAGAGACUCAGGCUUGCUAACUCCAAGGCCUAA